AUCACCGCCCAGCAGCAGCGGCAGCAGGAGGAGGAAGUGGGGGUCAGGACAACAGUGCGUCGGGGGUCCGGUGGUGAUGAUGGUAAGGUCGGGAUCAUGGCUAACGGAACCGGUACUAUCAUGUUAAAAUGCGUCGUGGUGGGAGACGGUGCGGUCGGCAAAACGUGUCUCCUGAUGAGCUAUGCCAACGACGCCUUUCCAGAGGAGUAUGUGCCCACAGUCUUUGAUCAUUAUGCAGUGAGUGUCAACGUUGGAGGAAAGCAGUACUUGCUGGGACUGUAUGACACAGCUGGACAGGAGGACUACGACCGCCUGAGGCCGCUGUCCUACCCGAUGACCGAUGUCUUCCUCAUCUGCUUCUCGGUGGUAAACCCUGCCAGUUUCCAGAACGUGCGCGAGGAAUGGGUGCCCGAGUUGCAGGAGUAUGCGCCCAGCGUCCCCUACCUGCUUAUUGGCACCCAGAUUGACCUUCGUGAUGACCCCAAGACCAUUGCCAAACUGAAUGACAUGAAAGAGAAGCCCAUACCCACUGAGCAAGGACAGAAACUAGCGAAGGAGAUUGGCGCAUGUUGCUAUGUGGAAUGUUCAGCCUUGACGCAGAAGGGCCUGAAGACGGUGUUCGACGAGGCCAUCAUCGCAAUCCUGACUCCCAAGAAAAAGAAGGGAGCUCUGAAGAGAAGACUUGGACCCCGCUGCAUCAACUGCUGUCUGAUCACGUGAUACAUAAACCCAGAGAUCAUUGGGCAACCAACCAUAAACCAAACCUGGACUGGAGGCAAAAGACAAGCGAGAGAGAAAUGCACAGACAGCAGAGUGAGACAAAAGACUGAAAAGGACAAAACAAGAGCCACUUUUAAGCUGCAGGGCUCUUGAAAGGCCGUAACUCUCUUCUGCUGUCCAACACAGGUUGAGGAUGCAGUUUACAACCAAAGGAGCACAAAACCAAGUCAGUUUCUUCUUCUGAAAGACUUUUUGCCUCUAAAGUACCUUCUUUUAUAACCAUUUUUAAUCAUUUUAUUUCCUGUACAAAAUUGUUGCCAGCUUUCAUGCAAAAAAAACAACACAAAAUGACAUUUCAAGUUCAUAUCAUGUCCAUGGUUUUGAAAGCUAGGAUAUUGAUUUUUGCUAUUGUCUAUAUAAGAGCAGAUCGGAGAAAGCCUGCAGUUGAUAAAUAAUGAGAGGCUGACUUUAGUGACACUGUGACAGUAGCCAGGAGGAAUUUCUGGACAAAGAGCGCUGCAGGGAUGACGUAUUUUUGUUAGCUAACAAAAAGCCAACAGGAUUUUCCUAUUUGGAUUUUGGAUUAUUCUAGAAAAUAAGUCUCUGUGGCAAACAAAAGUUUAGCAAGAUACUCUUCACAAUUGAACACCACUGUUAUGAUUUUUAAAGUGUGAAUGCAAUCGACAGAAGUAAAAAAGAUAAUGUAACAAACUACACGGUCGCAUAACAAGGCUAAAGGCGGACAGGUCUUUGGCUUUAUUUAAUUUUGAAGUCUCAUUUAGCCACUUGUUAGCAACCGCCUUUUAUAAGAAACGUAAAAGCUUCAGUGGGCCAUUUAUUGACGUGUUCUAGAU